AUGGAAAGGACAGAAAAAGGAGCACCUGGGGUCACUGCCCAUGCAGCGCACUCUCACGCCAGCGCUCUCCGAAAGCGAGCCUCCGGGAGAAGGGCGGGAGAGCCCGCCCGCCGGGCUCAGCCUGGCCGCAACAGGCGGCUGCGGCAGGCCCCGCUUGCGGCGACCGGGGAGGGGGAGCGAGAGCCGAGGCAGACCCUGAGGCGGCUCCCACCCGCCUCCGCGGAGACGCAGCUCCACUCACCUCCUCGGGAGCGCGGGGCGGCCGUAGUCUGCCGGCGGGGGCGGGAAGCGGGGAGAGAGCGCGGCGUCGCCCAGCGAGGGGCCGCGGGGGGCCAGGCCCGGGCCUGGGGCAGCGGGGAGCAGCCAGAGGCCGGGUCCUGGCGCUUCCCGACUAAAUUAGUCAGGUGUGGGUGUCCGUUGCGCCCUGCCAGCCCGGCGGCGUGUUACCGCCACGCGUGGGUGUGGGUGCGGGCGAGGAAGGCGCCCGGCGCUCGCUCAUGCCCCCGGCAGAAGCGAGUGACACCCGUGCCUCGCCACGUGCGUGGGCUUCGCGUCUGUGACCGCUUUUCAAGCGCCUCCGAAUCAAAGUUAAAACCAGCCGAGGUGACGGUCGGGGGUAAAGCACCCGCCGUCUUCCGUGGGACUCAGCUUUCUCCCAGACGCUUCAAGCUCGCGUGUAGGCGCCAAUUAAGCGAGACGUUCACAGCGCAAGCGCUGCAUGCAUGCGCAAAAAGUCCUGCUGAUGGUACUCCAAGAAGAUCUGUUUUACCUGUCAGCGCAAGAAAAAUUAAAGAUAAUGCAGCAGACUGGCAUAAUUUAAUGAUGAAAUGGGAGAGACUGAAUGAUAAUGGAUUUACUGUCGCAAACAAAAUAGUCAACAUGAAGAUCAGUGAGCAAUUUCCAGACAACAAAUGGGAGAUAGCAUGUGAUAACGGUGCCACAGAAUCUGAAAAGCCAACUCUAAAAUACAAUGAAGAACUGGACAAUUGCUGUGUGGAAUUACUUGAGACCUUAAAGCGUAUGACAAAAAUACAACUGAAAAUGGAAAAGCUUACUUUGACUACUAAAGCAAUCUGUGACUUGGAAACAUUCCACCGUGGAGCUGGGAGUUGCACAGCACCUUUCUUUCAUACAUGGCCCACACCAUACUUCUAUGAGGUUUCUUUGAAGCUCUCUGAAAUGUACAAGAAGGAACUACAACUCAAGCAAACAAUUGUACAAGAAAUUGCUCAUUCUGCUGACCAGGAUCUGAUGAUGGUCUAUUUAUCAUCAUGGUUAUAUCAGCCUUACAUUGAGAACAGCAGCAAACUACUACUUGAAGCCAUGCUGCUGGAAACAGGACAUAGACAGUGCUAGAAAUUCAAAUGUUACAUGGCUUGCUUCUAAUGAUGCUUACAUGAAACUGAAAUGGCAAA